GAUUUAUAGAUUUGGGGUCGAUCAAUGAUGACAGUGUUGAACAUGAGAUUCGUUUCUCCAUUCAAAUACAAGUUGUAAAGUCGUAUUAUCAGUGGACAUUCUUGUCUUUUGAAUUGAGCUACCAUGUUUUCUAAAAUAGGAACCUUCGACCGGCUCCUGGAUUUCCCGGGUCUAAAACUAGAUCUCAGAAGCCUAAGCAUAGCAAUAGUCCUGUUGGGAUAUGUAAUUUUUCACUACCGUAUAAACAGGACUGUGAAAGGACCACGAAUGUGGCCCCUGCUGGGGAUGCUUCCAUCUCUCCUGCUUCACCUAAACAACACAUAUGAUUGGGUGACCAAGAUUCUAAUAGACUGUGGAGGGACGUUUGUUUUCAAGGGGCCACUCAUGAGCAACCUCAACUGCGUGGUGACUGCCGAACCGGCCAAUCUGGAGUACAUGCUCAAGCUGAGGUACAAUAACUUUCCCAAGGGGGAAUACUUCAGGACACUGGCCCACGACUUCCUGGGCGACGGCAUCUUCAAUGCCGAUGCCGAGGCGUGGAAAAGACAGAGGCGGACGGCCAAUAUCGAAUUCAACACGGCCUCGUUCAAGGCCUUCAUGAUCAGCUCAGUACAGGAGCUGGUGCAGGGACGUUUGGUGCCCCUGCUGCAGAACGUCGCCCGAUCUAGAGCGUUGUUUGAUCUGCAAGAGCUCCUGCUCCAGUUUACCUUUGACAACAUCUGCAUGGUCACCCUGGGUGUGGACCCAGGGUGCCUUGGAGACAGCAGACCCGAAGCUCGGACCUUUGCCAAGGCUUUUGAGGAUGUAACAGAGGCCACCAUGUUGAGGUUCCUCAUGCCCACGGCUCUAUGGAGGUUCAUGCAUUUCCUCCACAUUGGGUCCGAACGGAACCUACGGGCUUCCCUCAUGACUGUCAAUCGUUUUAUCGACGAUGCCAUCAAAACCCGAAAUGGGUCAACGGACCUUCUACCAGGUCGAACCCUAAACGGGUCCGUGGACCUUUCGCCGGGUCGGGCCGAUCUCCUGACGGCCUUCAUGAAGGUGAAGACGGAGACCGGUGACCCCGUCUUCACAGACGAAAUGCUUCGAAGCAUUUCCAUUAACUUCAUUCUGGCCGGGCGGGACACUUCGUCCGUGGCGCUCUCGUGGUUUUUCUGGCUGCUGCUCCAUCACCCUGCGGUCGAAGAGCGCGUUCUGGCAGAGACCCGGGCCAUCUUGUCCAAGAGACCCUCCGUUUCUCUCAAUGCAGCGGACUUGAACUUUACUGUAGAGGAGCUGAAACAAAUGCACUAUUUGCAAGCUGCGCUUUCAGAGUCCCUAAGACUCUACCCUUCGGUUCCGGUCGACCAAAAGGAAGUGGACUCUGAUGACUGUCUACCGGACGGUACCCAUUUGAAAAAGGCCACUAAGAUCAUAUAUUCCAUCUACUCCAUGGGAAGAAUGGAGAGCAUAUGGGGGAAGGACUGCAUGGAAUUUAGGCCCGAGCGGUGGUUAGACAAAGGUGGGAACUUUGUGAGCGAAUCAGCCUUUAAAUACCCAGUCUUUAAUGGCGGACCAAGGCUCUGUUUGGGCAAGGACUUUGCUUACUAUCAAAUGAAAUGGAUAGCAGCAACUAUAAUUUGGGGGUUCGAGAUGAAGAUGGUGGCGGGACAUGUUGUUGAGCCCAAAUUUGCUCUCACCCUCUACAUGAAAAAUGGUCUGCUCGUCACAUUGCAGCCAAGGGAUCUUCUUCGAGAUUAGUACUCUACCAUUGAAGUCUUCGCUCUUCACCUUGUGGAUGUCAUCAUUUGGACAUAGGACUGAAGUUUAGAUAUAAGUGAAGCUUGCUAAUUCUAAAUUAGUAAAUACCCACUUACAAUGACUAGAUAUUAUUGUUUUUCUUGAAAAGUUGUUAAAGACUUGCAGAUUCAAGAUGCACCAUUUUCUUUAGAAAGAAGUGAAAUUGUGGCAACAGUGUUGGUAGCCAGGAAUCGACAGAGAUAUGAUGUAUCUGCAUGUUAUUGUUUUGUCUAUUAAUAUGUGACAGUUGUUCUUUCAUGUGCUCGACCAGUGGAAAAAACAUCAUGUUAAAGCCGAGGAAUCCAAGACUUUACUC